AUGCGGCUUUUGACAUGGACUCUCGCAGCUACGGUGACGAAUGCGUUCAUUGCUACCGCUGCCCCAGAUUCUACCAAGGAUGACGGCAUACCCACUGUGAGGGAGUCCUUGGUCAUCACUGAGGGCACAGUCUGGGUCGAUUGUACGACUGAGCGACCAUCAGUCCUCAUCAAUGGCUCUUUCCCUGGCCCUUUGCUUUCUUUUACGGCUGGUUCCCGUAUCAUCAUCACCGUCUUCAACAAGAUGAAGAAUCAUAACUUCACCAUGCACUGGCAUGGCUUGUCGAUGGCAGCUUCUCCUUGGUCUGACGGCACGCAACUCACUCAGUGGCCGAUUGCUCCUGGUGGCUUCUUCGAGUACGAGUACUUUCUGAAUGACGAGAACGUCGGCACUUACUUUGCGCAUUCUCAUGUCGGCUUGCAGUUGUCGACCGCUUUUGCUCCUCUCAUCAUCUCACCAAGAAAGAAAUGUGAACAAUCCAAUACAUGGGAAGACCGCAUCAUGAUGCUUAGUGACAUCUGGGGACCCACUGAUGAUGUUUUGGAGCAGGGUCUUCUCAAAGAUCCUUUUGCCUGGACCAACAACUCCAAAGCCCUACUACUGAAUGGCAUGUCAACCAACAAUCACAGAUCCGCGUCGUGCGCAGCUGACUUGCCCGUCAUUGAGGUGGAGUACGACAAGGAGUACCGCUUGCGCUGGAUUGGGGCGGGAAGCUUGAUGUACAUUGCUGCCGGUAUUGAGCAACAUGAUCUUACCGUCGUCGAGGCUGAUGGCACUAAUUUGAAACCUGUCAAAGUCGAUCAUAUCGAAAUCGCCCCUGGCCAGCGUUAUUCGACCAUACUACAAGGCAGGUCGGAGGAACAAGUCAAGGCAGAUGGAAAGCAUGGUCGCUACCUUAUCAAUCUCUCAUCACGAUGGCGUAUGCCACGGGUUCAGCAAUUUGCCAUCCUCAAGUAUGUGGAAAAAGGCACUUAUCAGCCAAAGCCAUUCCCGAAGAAGAAGUACUACCGUUCUACAAAGGACAAGAGAAACCUGACGGAGAGCAUGCUUGCAUACACACUGCCUAACGAAACCUUUGGCUGGAUACAGACUCAAUUCGAACCACUCGUGGACAUGCCAAUUCCGGUCAAUACCAAAAAGAAUGUCAUUCUGAUGGACAUGCAGCAAAUCAAGUUUGGCAAAGGUGGAUUGCGAUGGGCCAUCAAAGGCCAGGUCUUUGAAGAAAGCGCAGGCCUUGGUGGCGAACCUUACCUCGUCAGUCUCUACAAAGGUCACUUGCCCCUCCCAAAGGCACAAGGCAACAAUUUUUUCGAUCCGGUAUCAAAGGCCUUUGUAUUGGAACCUGGACAGGUGCUGGAUAUCAUCUUCAUAAAUCUCGGAUCGCCAACCAAGAAGACUGAAGUUCACCCAAUGCAUCUACACUCCCGACCAUUCUUCUUAUUGGCUCAAGGCCCUGGUACACCAGACCCUCAAACAUUGCUCAACACGGACUACAAGUCAGGAUAUAUGCGUGACACGGUGGCAGUUUAUCCGGGUCCUGGUGCUACCAUUGGCAAUACGACAGUCGAUAUUGGCAAAGGUGGUGGCUGGGCUCAUAUUCGAUACGUCGCUUCACCUGCUGAUACUGGCGCAUGGAUGGCACAUUGCCACAUUAGUCCUCACCUGGUCAUGGGCAUGGCGACUCCCUUUAUUGUCGGGCCAGAUGCGCUACCGCCUCUCAUCGACGGUUACAAGGAUACUGGCUACUUUGAGUAUGGUGGAAAUGCAAAUGGAAGCGAUACUUGGGUGCCAACAAGGCCCAAUUACUUCUUGGGUCCGGAGGUGAAGAAGCUCAUUGAGCAGCAAGACCUUGGCAACAGCAAUGAACAGGGAUGUAGCCCGUAUUGA